AUGUCUUCUUCCAUCUCUCUCAUCCUCACAACCGCCGUAAUCCUCUUCCUCUCCACCGUCUCCGCCGCGUCGCCAAUUCACGGCUUCCGCCGUCCAUUCAACAGAAUCUACGCCUUCGGCGACUCAUUCACCGACACCGGAAACUCACGCUCCGGCGAAGGCCCCGCCGGUUUCGGACACUUGUCAAGCCCUCCGUACGGCAUGACUUACUUCCGGCGACCAACGAACCGUUACUCCGACGGUCGACUCACCAUCGAUUUCGUGGCGCAAUCGAUGAAUUUACCGUUUCUGCCACCGUAUCUCAGCCUCAGAUCCACUAAAGGACGUAACGGCACAUCUACGGAUACUUACGGCGUUAACUUCGCCGUUUCUGGAUCAACGGCGAUUAAACACGCUUUCUUCGUGAAGAAUAAUCUGACGCUUGAUAUGACUCCUCAGUCUAUUGAAACACAGCUUGGUUGGUUCGACAAGUAUUUAGAGACACUUGGAAAGAAUCAGAAGGUUUCGUUGUUUAAAGAUUCUCUCUUUUGGAUUGGAGAAAUCGGAGUUAACGACUAUGCGUACAUCCUUGGAUCUACUGUGACAAGUGACACUAUUAGAGGACUUAGUAUUGCAACUUUUACAAGGUUUUUGGAGACAUUGUUGAACAAAGGUGUGAAAUAUAUGUUGGUACAAGGACAUCCGGCAACUGGAUGCUUGACAUUAGCGAUGUCACUGGCCGCAGAAGAUGAUCGAGACAAUCUAGGAUGUGUACAGAGUGCCAAUAACCAGAGUUACACUCACAAUCUUGCUCUGCAAUCAAAACUUAAACAACUUAGGAUCAAGUAUCCGAAUGCUACAAUAGUCUACGCAGAUUACUGGAAUGCCUACCGUGCGGUGAUACGAAACCCUAAAAAGUACGGAAUCACCGAGAAGUUCAAGGCGUGUUGUGGAAUCGGAGAGCCUUACAACUUCCAAGUGUUCGAGACGUGUGGGACGGCUGAAGCCACGGUGUGUAAGGACCCGAGCCGGUAUAUCAACUGGGACGGUGUCCAUUUGACAGAGGGCAUGUAUAAGAUUAUGGCCGAUAUGUUUCUCGGAGGCAGUUUCACUCGUCCUAAAUUUAGUUACCUGUUGGGAAAGAAAUUAAACCAUUUAUGA